GGUUGGCUCGCGCCCAGCGGCAGCAGGAGCCGGAGACGCCGGGUGGAGAAGCCGCAGCUGGAAUCCCAUGUGAUCCUGUGACACUUUAUCUGCAAGCCAAGUCCUGUCAGCCCGGCAGGCGGCUACGGUGAGGACUGGAAACUGGCUCAUAGCCCGUGAACAGAGAGUGAUGCUCAACGGCAGUCUGUGGAGCCAGGGCAGGUGUCCGGGUGUGUGUGUGUGUGCUGUAUUAGGUCUAUCCUUCACUAACGUCUUCAUUGAUAACUUGGCAGGAGCGAAGUGUCCACUAAUGAAAUUUGUAGCUAAUACUACGUUGAGAGGAUAGAAAAGUGUUAAAGAGGAUCUGGAUACAUAGGCAAGAAAUAACAGCAAAAUAGGCUUCCUCUUGGAGUUGAGGGGAAGGAAAGUAACUGUCAGCGUGCACGUUCAAUGGGAGGCAGAAACCUGAAGAGAGACUAAGGGGGAGAGUGACCUGCAAACUAGACAUCCAUUUGGAGUGACAUAUGGCAGUCAAAACAGGACAUCAUAGUACUAGGCUGCACGGGCAUAAUAUCAUAGUGCAGUCAGCUGGGAGGCUCCAUAUGGCUCUUGCAUGAUGGUUGCUGUGUUAAUGGCUGGUUACGUUACCAGAGAGAGUGGAAGAUUUCAGGGAGCUCUAAGAAGAGGAACAAAAAUGAUUGAGGCUGUAGGGAUUGACUCAUAAGGAAAAAAUUAAGAGCUAAUUGUUCAUAGCUUGACUAAGAGAUGACUAAGGUUAGGGAUGUAGCCCAUGAAUAUUUAAAGCUUGCCACAUUGGGAAUAUGACUAGAAGCAAUGGGAGAAAAAAAUAGGCUGAAUUAUGGUGAAAAGUCCGUGCUAGUGAGCUGUGUUGCUACAGAACAGUCCCCCAACAGACACACGAGUCCCAUUGCUUGUGACAUUUCAAAUCAGAUUGGACAGAACUCUGGAAAUUGUAGAAAAAGGAAUCCUUGUACUGGCCCCAGGGGGAAUGACUGAUGACACAAUAAGUAAUUUCUCUUUCUCACUGUUAAAAUUCUCUAUUCCCUAAUUACCCCAUCACUGGGGAUUUGCGUUCCUCACCCUCCAGCAGCAGGAUUACCCAUAACUCCAUCUUCAGCAGUAAAUGCCACCCUAUCUAUUAUACCCAGGUAAUAGUCUAUUCCCUUUGGCUAGUGAUCAGUGUUGGGCUUGUAUUGUGGACCCAGAAUCUUAGCUCUUAUUCUCUCUCACCAGAGCCAGUGUCAUUUCGUGAUUAUGGCAGGUACUGGGCAUUAGGACUCCUGCAUUAUCUUCCAGCUCUGCCGCUGACAGUUUGUGUGACUUUAGACAAGUUGCCUGAUCUUGACAAAAAGUUAUCUGUAUGAUUACUUUGGCAGCGACUACUGUUUGCACAUGAAACGGAGUAAUUCUGAGCACAAACUGCCAGUUAUCUGAUUUGUACUAUCCUUGAUUUACAGACAGGGGAAACUGAGCUUCAGUAAGAGGUGUCACAGUGGGAGAACUGGAAAUACCACUGACAUAUAUAUUGUACAUGCAGUUCUUUUUCAGAAUCUAGUUCUCUUCCGUGCCUCAGUAGGCUAAUCUAUAAUCUAGGAAAAUAACACUUGCCUAUCAAUUGGGUUUGCUGGUUUAAUUAACUUUAGUAAUGUGCUCUGAGCACCUUGGAGGGAAGAUAGUGCAGACGAACAAAAUAAUGUUGCUUAAAUUGUAUUAAGCCCAUCUAGGCAUUUGCUCUUUGCCUUUACUUUCUCCUUUGGGCUUUUGAUCAUCUAAAAUUAUUACAGUCUUGAUGGUGUGAUUCCACACUCUGCAAGACUGUGAAAUGUUAAUAAGUCCUGUUAGGGGUUGCAAACCUUCGUCCUGUCACAAUGCUCACAAAGUAAAUGUCAGAUCUUUUUGAUGCAUGAAUUUGCCCCACUGGAAAAAUGCACAUUAAUGGCAACCCUGUCCGUCUCAACAUCAUAUUGCUUUUGCGGUUUGGGAAUAUUUUUUUUUAUUCCAUGAUAAUCAUUGUAACUGUUGGUUAUGUGAUUACUUCAGCUAACUUUUAUAGGAUACAAAGUUUGGAAAAACAUGUUGUGCAAUAGGAAAUGUCAUCUUCUCUCAGCACCAUCUCUUAAUUUGGACUGAGCUUUGUGUCCUCCGUUUAGCAGUUGAAAUUGGCAGUUCUGUGCAUUGUCUGUGAGCAGGGUUAGGAGCAGGAGAGUCAGUCUCUAGUUCUUAAAUGGGGAAUGGCUGUGGGAAAGGAGAGCAGAUGGAAAGAAAGUGCUGACCUCUUAACUUCUGACAUGUCCAUGUUUAAAUCCUGUACUGAGAAACUUUUUUUCUACUUCCUGUAUUUUAGUCCAUCUUAAUCACAGUUUUUAAUCAGAUCUCCCAAACACUUUAUACUGCUGAAAAAGAGUAACAUCUAAUUAUUGAAUAUUUAUGUCUCAGUUUACAUGGCUUAAUGUGUAUAGGAAAAAUAGCACAUUGUGGAAAGUGCUUGUACAAUAUAUAUACUGGUGUGUUUUAGAGACUUACAUCUGUUUACUAGGUGCAGCAAGAUAUUUAUUUUGCUUUCUGGGUUAACCCAUUGUCUACUUCAAUUCUGACCAAACCUGCCAUUUGGCUUUGUUUCAGACCUGUGGUAAUAGCAGUGCUGGACUGGAAGAAGCCAACCUUGGUGUUACUGCCCCUGUUGACCUGGAAAAUGGUUGCCAUUUCUCUUCUGUCAUUCAGGGAACUGAGAUUUUGAAUUGGCUUCUCAGUUCUUGUCCCCAGGUUGUCAGCCUCCCAGUGAGUGUGGUAUGAGUGACCAUACCUUUUGGUAUAUGGAUGUGACAGGAGACAACUUGUUACCUGGGAGGUAAAAUUCUAUUUUUUUCUGCAACCUGAGGAUAAAUACUUCUGCUCAGCCAGAUCCCAGUGUUAGCUGGCUAGACUUUGGGUGUUUCAGGGACGUGAAAGGCAUGCCCUUCAAGUUGGCUGACUCGUUCUUCAGUAGCAGCAGUUCUAGUAUAACUAUAAUUUUUUUUCCUAAUUAAAUUAAUUUCUUAGCAUUCCCUGCUGAAGAACCCUCUUCAAAGGAACCUGUUCCGCUUCUAGGAGGUCCAGAAUUCACCUGUGUGACACAACUGGUGUUGCUGGGGUGCUGCCAUCCAGUCAAAUUUUGAAUAACCAGGGUAUGUGGUUCCACAUACAGAAGAGGCACUUCCUAAUGUUAAUGACCAGGCAGGCUUGGGCAUCUGCUUCCUGGGACCAAGUGUCAUCCUCUGAUUAGAAAACAGGGUAGAGUCAAAUCAACUGUAAAACCCUUCUGCUCCACCAGCCAGUGGUUGGGGGUAAGAGGUUGUGAAGCUACAGGCUGCUAUUGUGCCAGGACUACAGUGUUUCCCAUUCAUUCUAACUGUAGCCUUGCUGUCUCUUUGCUCACCCACAGUUAAUUCCCACUGACAUUACCUUUUGGCACUAAACUUAUUUCUACCUUGUGACCAUGUCAUUUCCUGCCUCUGUUUGUAUUAUAAGUCUGUGGAAGCUGGUGAUAGUCUGCUUGGCUGCUGUACUCUAAACUUUUCUAAUGCAUUGUUGAGUACUGUGUUGGAGCUGUAUUAAAAGCACUAACGUUUGCAGGUUGCCCUGCAUGAACUGCUUUGUGCUUCUUAACAUUGGGUUUAGGUAAAGCUAUGUACCUGUCUAACCACUUAAAAAUGUGGUUAUGUUCUUUUUUGAAGAUUUCUCUCUAAUCUGUCAUGUCUUGCUCAGAAUCCAUUAUUUGUCCUCAUAUCAGGCUUUUCAAACCAUUAAUUCUGCCGAAGGGACUGUUCAAACCUUGCCCCAGUUGCUCUGUAUGGAUGGACAAAAUUGUGACCCUUAGUCCCGUCUGUCCUCCCGAGCCACAGAGCAUUGAUUGGGUGUUGUGUGUAAUACUUACCACUUAGUCUCUGUUUAUAAGGUACAGUAGUAUCUCACAAUGCUUUCCAGACACCAGCUUAAUGUGGUAGAGGAAGAGCUUGUUGUCUUCGUGUGUUCUGGUUCAAAAUAAGCCAGGGGGUAACAGUUUUUCCAGUGAUGAUUUGAUAUGUAACAGGCUUAAUGUCUUAUGUCACACUGUUAAAGUACAGGGUACUGGAGUUUUAUAGUAACUUGGCUGCAGUACUUAUUAUGAGGUCUUUGAGGACCCCCUCACAUCUCCCUUCCUAGGGGCAUGCAUCAUCCUCUCUCUUUGGAGAGUUAGAAGUGGUUUCGUCUGCAACCUAUCAAUGCCAUUCAGAGCACUGUCUGUUUCAGCCCAGAGGAGUUCAUUAAAAAGCAAUUCAGGGAACUGGCACCCUGCUUCAUGAUCCACCCCUAGGUUAGGCAUGUUGUGUCCUGUCAGCUAACAGAGUGAGGACUCUGACCUGUGAUCCCUGUCGUGGCAGCUCUAGACUGCUGGGCCAGCCAAUUCACUGCUGUGUGGAAAAAACAUGAAUGGCAAAAACUCAACCUGAAACACUUUGAAAGGGAGUAAGAAUUCAUUCUUUUGUGAGGAGGAAGUGAGCCUAGCUAUAAAAAUGCAACUUUUAAAAUCUCUACUAAAAAAGGUGAAUAAAAUGGGAUUAUUUUCUGAGUGUGUUGAGUUCCUGUCUGCUCCUUAACAUGGAGUAAAGCCAAAUUCUUGCUUUUCUAAUGGAAGAAUUAAAUUAAGCCUCCUUAUUUACAUUUUUUCCAUUCUAAAAUUCACUAGGAAAAUGUGAAAUUACAGAACUGUGGGGAUACUGGUUCUGAAGUGAUGUCCGUCCUCAGUUUGGAUAAUGGUACAGAAUACUAACAUUCCCUAUAAUUAUUCUAAAUAGAUUACUUCUUAAGUUGUUUUUAAAGGAAAUAACUUUUAAAAAUGACUUCUGGGUAUUUUAGAGGAGGACAGGCAGAGUUUGCACAAAUAAGCACCACUGAAGAUAACUUGUACAGCCUCAGUGGCUUGCUAUUUGGCUAUUAAUAUUUAUACAAUAUAGAUAAAAAGGACUAAUGCAAAUAUGCAUCACUCAGGUACUCAGAUUGUUCCUGAUCCUCCAAUUGGAGCUGCACAGAUAGACCAUUUUAAACUAUGCAGAGCCCUUGUUGAAGUCAGUGAGGCUCCUCACAGGCACAAAUGUUCAGUUCAUGUGGAUCUGAUUGUAGGAUCCGAGCUUUUAAUAACUGAAGUGGCAUCACUUAUAUUGGAGGGCUACGAGCACUAUGGAUUAAUUCUUUUUAAAAGGCAUCCCAAAGUCUUGUUGAAAAGAUGAAAAAGUUAGCCAUCGGGGGUUUUUUCAGAUGACUUUUCUCAAGCUAUAUUUGACUAAAAAUUGGAAAGUAGGUCUGGUGAACAGAGGCAUGACCCAUUAAAUGGAAGCCUGUGGUCUUUAAAUUACUUGUCCUUUCCUUUGUGGGAUUAAACAGUUUUAGCUAGAAGAGCGUUUUAGUACUGGAAUAUAUGCACUCAUAUCAAAGUAACCCAUUAUAGAUAGAUCUAUGGAGAUUUUGAAUGCCUUUAAGAUGUGUCCUAAUUUUUUAAUUGAAUGCUCCCCUUGAGUUUUCAAAGUAUUAAAACAUCUCAAGCUGUUACUUUUUAUAUUUUCUAUGGGCUUUUGGGGGAGUUAUUAACUGUCAAAUUAUGAAUUGUCAGUUUUAUAUCAUGUGAUGAGCAGGCAAUAUCUUCCUCUAUAGGGGGCAGAAGAUCUGGGAGAAGAGCACUUACUUUGGUCUUGAAUGUCUACAGAGCUGACAAGCGAGUAGACUGUCCUGUUGGCUUAAUACACAGAAGAGGAGAAAAAGAUCUGAAAUACUGAACAGGAAGCUAAAAGAUCCUCAUAAGUGACUGAUCUAUGAAAUGGCAGAGAAUGGAACAGAUUGUGACCAGAGACGCAUAGGAAUGAUCAAAGAACAGCACAAUGGGAACUUUACAGACCCCUCUUUGCCAUGUGAACGGAAGCGAAGGGACCGAGAAGAGAGGCAAAAUAUUGUGCUCUGGAGACAACCACUCAUUACCUUGCAGUAUUUUUUCCUGGAAACCCUAAUAAACUUGAAGGAAUGGACCAUAAAAUUGUGGCAUCGCCGAAGUAUCGUGGUGUCUUUUUUGCUGCUGCUUGCAGUGCUUACAGCUGCGUAUUAUAUAGAAGGAACACAUCAACAGUAUGUGCAGUAUAUGGAGAAAAAAUUCUUGUGGUGUGCCUACUGGGUAGGCUUAGGCAUUCUGUCCUCUGUUGGACUCGGAACAGGUCUUCAUACUUUUCUACUAUAUUUGGGUCCACACAUAGCAUCAGUUACACUUGCUGCGUAUGAAUGUAACUCAGUUAAUUUUCCUGAACCACCGUACCCUGAUCAAAUUAUCUGCCCUGAUGAGGAGGGGAUUGAAGGAUCCAUCUCUUUAUGGACCAUAAUCUCAAAAGUCAGGCUAGAGGCCUGCAUGUGGGGUGCUGGCACAGCUAUUGGAGAGCUGCCUCCUUAUUUCAUGGCCAGAGCAGCCCGACUCUCUGGUGCUGAACCUGAUGAUGAAGAGUAUCAGGAAUUUGAGGAGAUGCUGGAACACGCAGAGGCUGCACAAGACUUUGCCUCCCGAGCUAAACUGGCCGUCCAGAACCUGGUGCAGAAGGUUGGAUUCUUUGGCAUUUUGGCCUGUGCUUCAAUUCCAAAUCCUCUGUUUGACCUGGCAGGGAUAACAUGUGGCCACUUUCUGGUUCCCUUUUGGACCUUCUUUGGUGCAACCCUAAUUGGGAAAGCAAUCAUUAAAAUGCACAUCCAGAAACUUUUCGUUAUUAUAACAUUCAGCAAACAUAUAGUGGAGCAGAUGGUGUCCCUAAUUGGUGCUGUCCCAAGUAUAGGUCCCUCUCUUCAGAAGCCGUUCCAAGAGUACUUGGAAGCUCAGCGAAUUAAACUUCACCACAAGUCUGACAAUGGAGUGCCACAGGGGGAGAACUGGUUAUCAUGGAUGUUUGAAAAACUUGUGAUCGUCAUGGUUUGCUAUUUCAUCUUGUCUAUAAUAAACUCCAUGGCCCAAAGCUAUGCCAAACGACUGCAGCAGAAGACGUACUCUGAGGAAAAGACAAAAUAAGCUGGGUAAAACCCAUUGAAAUGGGCUUUAGCAGACAUGCAAGUGACAGGUCUUAUUAUAUGUUAAAAAUCGGCAUUAUUCAAAACAGGGAAACGCUUUUUAAAAUCAUCAGUUUUCCAGCUGUAACAAGUUUUUAAUUAUUUUCUUUUGAAAGUAAUUCACUAUUAGAGAAUAACUUUCAUUUACAAACGUAUGUAUGUUAAGGUAAUGUAUAUACUCUUUAAUUCAGUCUGAGUUGUACUUUCUCGGGUGGCACGUGGGAUGCUAAACUAAUGCUGAACAUAAAUGCUUUCCAUUCAAGUUAAUUCCAAACUUGAUGAUUUAAUACUUAGCACAACUCCAGAUUUCCUGAUUAACUUGCAGCCUGGCCUAAACGUAACAAUUUUCUUUGGAAGGAUGGCUGUCAUGCCUCAUAAUUUCAAGGUCAUUGAAAUGUGUGUAAACGAUAGUAGACUGGGUAACAUUCUUGCAUGUCCCUCAUGGUAAUACGAGUCCAUCUGAGUUCUCAGAAAUGCCGUCACAUCGCACAUGCUCUCAGUUGGAAAAGCCGCCCUUGCCAACUUCAUAAUGGUGUAAGCAGAGACGGCUGAUGUCAAACUGGUGCAGUUCACUUUUUUUAUUCUGUAUAUUUAGAAUGAAGUCAAGAUAAAACUUUAUAAAGUCAUCUUUGAUCAUUCCAGAAUUUCUUGUCAGUCUUUUUAAGCUGUUUCUUCCUCUCAAUACCUUUGGUAUACUCAGUUUCUCUUUAGUUUCUUUAUUAAGCCUGUGUCCAUUUUAUUGCAUGCUUACUAAUCCUUCCUGUAUAGUAAGCACAGAAACCUUUUGUUAAUUUUUCUUGAACUUCUUGCUCAGCAGAAGGAAGUAGAAAGCAUGUAUUUGGCACCUUGCAGUAUGGUAUGAUUUAUUCAUUUAAGGAGGCUCGUUGAAUGACGUUACUAAUUUUUUUUUAUCGUAUCACUCUAGGUGUGUGCUUAAUGUCAGGAAUACAGAUUUAUAGCACUCUGAGUGCUGCAGGAAAAAAGUUGGGGAAGCGUAGAAAUCAGAAAUUAAGACAGGUUUGAUGUAAAACACAGGAAUGGUAAUUAAUAACCAUAAUAAAGAACAUUAAAGUAUACUUUAAAAAUAUCCCAAUAUUUAUUCUCUUUUAAAUACUGUUACAAAUCAGUGUGUGUGAAAUUAAUUUGCAUUGAAGGGGCAGACUUUUUCUUUUCUUAGUAAAUAGGUGACCAUUCCAAUGCUACUGUGUAUAUACAACGCUUCUCUAAUAGUCCCUGAACUAGUAGGAAUGUAGUUUUGUUUUAUCCAUCAGAAUAUUAAAAUAAGUUGACUUGUUUAAUCAGACAUUCUUAAAUGGCGGUACAUGGAUCCUAUUUAGGAUAGAACUGGCUCAACACCGAUUAAAUUAGAUGUCUGCCCAUUAGAGUAGGGCAGCUCUCGAGCAAGACGCAAUAAACGUGCAUUUUGUUCUGCCUGAAUGUUCACUUGUGUUGCCUACCGUCGUGACAUCUCCAUGGCUGUACCAUCCUGUCGGAUAGCUUAUCAGACUGAUGUUGACUGUUGGAUCUCAUGGCAACAACAGUCGGUAGGCUGUCUGACAUUUUGGUAUCUUUCAUCUGACCGUUUGCUCAUCCAUCUCAAAUUCUGUUUUUCAUUGAACAUCAACAGGCAUUUAAGUGUUUAAAGUUUAGAACACAAAUGAUUUUAAAUGUAAAUGUGUCAUAACUAUUUUUCUUAAAAUAUAGCACUCUGCAUAAGAAACACCUUAAAUUACAUUGCAAGGUGUGUGAGAUUUGUAAUGUUUUUGCUUUUGUGUGCAUCAUACAUAACUUUAAACAAACUGUAACAGUGUUACUUGAAUGCAUGAAGAGAAUUUUAUAUAGACUUCUCUAAAUAUUGCUUCUGAUCUAAAAAUCUCAGUGGGACAUUUUCAAAGGCACACAAAGGGCAGUUAGUUGCCCAGCUCCCAUUGAAAUCCAAUGGGUGUUGGAGGCCCCACUCCUGUUUGUGCCUGGAAAUUUAACAAAGAACAAAAUGUAGCAACAAAUUCAUAUGACUAAUUAUACAUGUAUAAAAUCACGACUAUUUGCUAUUUCACAGCAAUGGUUUAAAUCAGCCAAAACUUAAAUUAUGCAAUUUUUGGUUAGUCAUGUGUUAUAUUUAACAGCUUUGAGGCAUUUAUUUUAUUUUUCCCACAACAUGUUUUGACUUAGGAAAACACUGUGGUUUGCCAUUUGUCCCACUUUAUUUAAUAGCAGCUUUGUUUUGUUCAGAUAUAACAUCUGUCAAAUAUAUGGGGCACUAUUCUCAUUUACACCAAAGCCGUUUUACACCACUCUGGCAGUGGAAAGGGCCCAAAAGAGUACAUUUAAUUUAGGCCUACUUUAAGGUCCCUUCAUGCUACCAGAGUGAGAUGAAAGGAUCUUGUGUAACUAAGAUUCUGGCCCUAGAUCUUUCUGUCUCAUAGCAUGUCUUCAGAUAAUUUCUCAAAUACGCUUUUAGUUGCAUCUUUUAUCCAAAGUCUUUACAGUGACUCUGCCUAACAACCAAACAAAUUGCAAGCUUUCCCCCACAUAUAUAUAGAUGAUUCUGCAAGCCACAUUUAUAUGUGUCCGUUCUGGUGAACUGUGCUGUAAUUCUGAAAGCUUUCUAAAGUUCAUCUUUUAUCUGAUAUUUAGAGAAUGGACUGAACAGUAUACCUGCUUCUUUCUUAUCAGACACUGGAUGGUGAUCCUUUAAUACUUAAUACAAGGUAAAAAAUAAAGAUUUCCAAAUUGAUGUCUUCAUGUUUGCUCAAAUAAAAAUAAUAUAUCUAA